AUGGCGCGUGUUUAUGCUGAUGUCAACGAGCAUAUGCCUCGGUCCUACUGGGACUAUGAUAGUGUAAACAUCUCAUGGGGUGUCCUUGAAAAUUACGAAAUCGUGCGCAAGAUAGGCCGAGGAAAGUACUCCGAGGUUUUCGAGGGCAUCAAUGUCGUCAACUACCAAAAGUGUGUUAUCAAGGUUCUCAAGCCUGUCAAGAAGAAGAAGAUCAAGCGUGAGAUCAAGAUUCUUCAGAAUCUCGCUGGUGGUCCCAACGUUGUCGCCUUGUUGGAUGUUGUUCGCGACAAUCAGAGCAAGACUCCCAGCCUGGUCUUCGAGGCCAUCAACAACACCGAUUUCCGGACCCUAUACCCCCGCUUUUCCGACUACGAUGUUCGCUUCUACGUUUUCGAGCUACUCAAGGCACUUGACUUCUGUCACAGCAAGGGCAUCAUGCACCGUGAUGUGAAGCCGCACAACGUCAUGAUUGAUCACGAGAAGCGCAAGCUUCGUCUGAUUGAUUGGGGUUUGGCCGAAUUCUACCACAAGGGCACGGAAUACAAUGUCCGUGUCGCUUCUCGCUAUUUCAAGGGUCCCGAGCUGCUGGUGGAUUUCCAGGAAUACGACUACUCCCUGGACAUGUGGUCCCUUGGUGCCAUGUUCGCCUCGAUGAUUUUCCGCAAGGAGCCUUUCUUCCACGGUAACAGCAACUCCGACCAGCUGGUCAAGAUUGCCAAGGUCCUUGGUACCGAAGAGCUUUUCGAGUACUUGGACAAGUACGACAUUGAGCUGGAUCCCCAAUACGACGACAUUCUCUCACGCUUCCCCCGCAAACCCUGGCACUCGUUCGUCAACGCUGAGAACCAGCGAUUCGUCAGUGAUGAGGCGAUCGACUUCCUUGACAAGCUUCUGCGAUACGACCAUGCCGUAUGUCCCUCCUCGGUCCCCGCUAGCAGGCCCAAAUUGACUAACCUACCUUCCCAGGAACGUUUGACUGCCCAGGAAGCCAUGGCCCAUGCAUACUUCGACCCUGUUCGUGCGGACGCUCAGGCCCUCAGCCACAACAAUGUGACCCUGCCUUGA